GCGGCGGCGAUCGGCAGUCGCCGGAGCGAGUUCAUUCGUGUAGCAUCAACCGGAACGUUCUGAUCGAGAUCGCGGCCCUUUCACUAAACAGUUGCACGCCGGCCGGGGAUCAACAAUCGCCUCUCUCUCCGCGAUCUGCUUCGUCGUCGUUCGCUAUGAUCCAAGCAUCCACGAUCUAACAAGUCGGGGAUUCGUAGACAUAUUCGACGGUCAACGAGACUAUGCCUGGAAAACCUACGCGGCGGCUGUAAACAAUGAGCUAUUGUUGCGUGUGAAACGCUGUUGCCAUGAUCGGAGGACUGUACCUUAAUCGAACGCGUCCCGGUUCCUUUCGUAUCAACGGUGUGCAGUAAUUUCUCCGGGAUUCGUCGAACUUCAGUAUUCUCGGAUUCGCGCUGUGAUAUCGCUGCGGCCCUGUAAUUGAUCGACUUUUUUGCUGCAGUCGAUCAACAGAGUUUCCGAUUCGCAUAAGGUACGCCGAGUAAAUACUAUGCGCAAUCACCUUCCACCGGCCGUUUAUCUCGUAUGACUGAUGGAUCGACUGGUGACAGGAUCCGAUUAGCUAGCGGUGAACCGACAAGAACGAAUCGUAAUGGAGUCGGGCAACAAUAACGACAGAAUCGGCGAGAUGACAAUCAACGGUAUCGAGGAAGAAUGCACGAUCGAAAUGAAGGAUGACCAGAGUCUCUUCGAUCCUGGGACGCGAUCCUUCUCGAAAAUGUACGUCGAGUUCGAGGAUCUCUCCUAUGAAGUUUGCUGCAAGAAAGGCAAGAAGCAAAUUCUGAAGAACGUCACCGGUUGCUUCCGUCCAGGACGGCUAACUGCGAUCGUAGGUCCGUCCGGCGCUGGGAAAACAACGUUGCUCGGCAUCAUAUCAUCCCUGAGAUUGGCCAACGUGAAAGGCUCCGUCACCGUAAAUGGCCGCUUAUGCAACGCCGAGAAUUUUCGCCGGCAAACUUGUUUCUUACCGCAAGAAUUCGCAUUACUGCCGCUGCUCACCGCGCGUGAAACUCUGUACAUUGCCGCGCGAUUGAAAGUUCAAGGCAUCCGUGAUCAUCGGGCUUUUCAUUUGAUUAUCGAGGAAAUAGCAGACAAUCUGAACCUGUUGAACUGUUUGGACACGUUGGUGGAGAAUCUGAGCGGCGGGGAACGCAAAAGGCUGUCGAUAGGAAUAGAAAUGGUGACGAGACCGUCGCUGUUGUUGCUCGACGAACCAACCAGCGGCCUUGACAGCACUUCCUCGUGGCAGGUGAUCAGUUUACUGCAUAGAAUGGCGAGAUUCGGCUGUACAGUUGCCUGCACCGUCCACCAACCCAGCAGUCGGAUGAUAUCGAAGUUCGACGACCUGUUGGUCGUUCACGAGGGAAAGUCGUUCUACUGUGGCCCAUGGGACAAUGUUCUGAGCACCUUCGGCAAGGCGGAAUACGUCUGUCCACAAUUUUAUAACAUCGCCGAAUUUGUUUUAGAGGUCGUGACCGCCGAGAGAGGUGGAAACUUGGACUGCUUGUACGACACAAGUCACGAGACCUACGAGAAAUGGAAAACAUCGGUUCGACAUCCCAGAAUGAACUCAGACGUAACGGACGCGCCAGGAAGUGAAAAUGGCGCGAAGAAGUCGAAGUCGUCCAUGUCGCAAGAGUUGAAGGUGUUGCUAAUGAGAGGAAUGAUCUGUAACAGACGGGACAAUACGCUGACCAAGCUCAGAUUCGCCGCGCACGUGGUAGUUGGUUUAUUACUGGGCGCCGUGUUUUACGAUACCGGUGGCAAAGCUGACAGAGUCAACAGCAAUAUUGCUUACGUAUUCUUCGUUCUGCUCUUCUUGUAUUUCUCGAGCUCGAUGCCAUCCGUAUUAAUGUUUCCUAUAGAGGCCGUUGUAUUCUUGCGUGAAUAUUUGAACAAUUGGUACCGUCUGAGAUCUUACUACAUAGCAAAGAUUACGUCGGAUUUGCCAUUGCAGAUUCUCUGUCCCACCGUGUUCAUCGUCAUAGCGUAUUACAUGACCGGCCAGCCUCUAGAAUGCAACAGGUUCUUCCGUAUAUGGUUUAUUUGUACUCUAACGACCAUCUUAGGACAAUCGUCAGGCAUGCUCGUCGGCGUUGCCUUCGAUCAACAAUUAGGAGUAUUUCUGAUUCCUGCCGUCAACAUGCCCAUGAUCCUCUUCGCCGGAUUUUUCUUGAAAUUCAAUGAAGUGGCGCAAUUCCUGCAACCACUGUGCGUAAUCAGUUUCUUCAGGUACGCGUUCGAAGGUAUUCUGCAGGCACUUUAUGACGGGGGGAGGGAGAAGUUGCCGUGCUCGAAAAUCUAUUGUCCGCUACGUUCACCGAUCAGUAUUCUAGACUCCUUGGACAUGCCAACAGUUCCAUUUUACAUGACUAUAAUUGCUCUGUGCAUCUGGAUAGCAUGUCUGCAGGUCGCCACUUAUCUAGUACUGAAGUGGAAGGCGCACAAAGCACAGAGAUAAAACGUUGAUAACUUUUGAUAAAAAGUGACUCUAGUUCGAGCAACAUUACCAAGUAAUUAUUACGUCGUCUACGUAAGAGACUCUCCGACGUCACUCUCCAACGAAUAAUCAUUGUAUUUUUAAUCGCGGAUUUUAACUCGUAUUUUUUUAUAAUUGUACAACGAUUUAAGCCGGAGCUGAAAGUUCUUGCUUGUAUUUAAGGAACAAACUAUAAGAAUAUACUUACAUAUAUUCUUUUAGAUUAGAUUUAACACUAAACCUAUACCGACAUUUUGUAUAUACGUAUAUCAAUUUUUGCUCAAAGCGGUCACAAAUCAUUGGUUUUCUAAAUAAAUGUUAUAUCCUUUUCCAAUUGAUUGCAAACAACAAACAAUUCGGCAGUCGCAUUUCAGAAACGAUGAGGAAUUUAUUGCGUCUCGUUCCGUGCCGAUUUUGACGCGCAUUUAGUACGACGCGUGGUUACAAAUUAACACGCUGAUAAUUUAGACAUCACUCUUCAAAGUAUGUAUGUCCUCUAUCUUCGAACGCGUUCUCCAUGGUUGGAAAACACGAGUAAUGCGCGUUACGAACGAUGGGUUAUCGCGCUUGUCGAUAAGCGUACAACAAAAAUGGGGUUCUCGUUGUGUCAAAAGAAUUUAAGAUUGUGGCUUCAGCAUUUCCGUGUAUGUACAGUAACGACCUGAAUGGCUCUGAAUGCGAGAAAUGCUUCGCAUUGGCGCGGCCUUCCUUUUUGUAAAUUAUAGUUCAAGUUUUUAUAACAGGUUUUUGUACAAAGUUUGUAAAACGGUUUAUAAAAGAGUCUCCUGAAAGAAGUUAAAAAAUAUAUAUAUGUAUAAAUAAGUAACAAGGCACAUUGUAACCGAUGAAUUAUAUUUUUGGUCCCAUCAGUAUAAAAAUCUUUUAUACAAGUUUAUAAGACAGUUUAUAAAAGAGUCUCCUGAAAGAAAUUAAAAAAAAUAUAUAUAUAAAUAAGUAACAAGGCA